GGGGCUGGAAAAACCUCACCUUAAAACUUACAUUCACUUUUUCUUCGAAAAAUAUAUGUGAGUUCCACAAAAGGGAAGAAAUAGCAGCCUAAUUAGUCAAGCUUCUAAUUAGCACAAUUUUAAACUCAUUAAUGUCUGUAAUGGGGAGCGGGGGGUGGGGAGCCACAAAAAUCUCGCCUUUAAACUUACACUCACCAUUUUCUUCGAAAAUAUAUGCGAGUUCCACAAAAUGGUCUUUGGAAAAAAAACUAUAGUGAUUCUGAAAGAGCAGAACAUGGGCUAUCAUCCCAUGGUGUUAUCUCAAUUUUCAGUUUUUUGAUGAAGAUCGACUUUUUUGGAAGGGAGGAGCUUAAGAUAAAAAAAUUUUGAUAUUCCUAAAUUUUAUUGUGAAACACAAUAUGAGAGUUGUAAUGAAGCUUAUCAGGCAAGAAAUAUGACACAAUUCCGCCUGAUCUUCUCCCGUAAAACGCGGUAAGUAUCAUCAAGCGCCAUCAUGGCAGAUACAUCAUGUUUCAGGCUAAUAUCUUUGAGUUGAUUACGUUGACAAAUAUAUUCAUUGAUCUUCUAGAUUUAUUGUGUACGAAAAAAUAUAAAUAAUACUUCUGACAACAAAAUAUCAAUUAUGUCAAAGCAACAUGUUGCUAUCAUUGGAGGUGGAGCAUCUGGUCUGGUUACAUUGAAGGAAUUAAGGGAGGAAGGGCACACCGGAAUUAUCUUUGAACGUUCAUCACAUGUUGGUGGUAUUUUCAAGACUGUUUAUCAAGAAGGUCAAAUGGUAUCGUCAACAAUUAUUACCAUGUUCUCUGAUUUUCUCGGGUCUGAGGGUGAACGUAUCCUCACCCAUCCACGCAUGUUAACUUUCGGUAAGUCUAAUCAAAACUAUUGA